CGACUUUACAGAUGGGUGUUUCAGAGGCUUGCCCAAUUUCACAACAUUGAUUGGUCAAAAUGUUUCCUCAACGCUUAGGAAGAUGGAUGCUUGCCAGGGCACUCCUGCAGAAGACUGGCGCCCGUUCUCGGAGUACAGUCCCUGCAGCAGUGCUGGACAACACCAUGCAAGAAGUGAUGGACUCCAUUCACGAGGCUGGGACAUACAAACCAGAAAGGGUGAUCACCACCAGGCAAGCGGCUGACAUCAAGGUGGCCGGAAUGUCGAAGAAUAUUCUCAACUUUUGUGCAAACAACUACCUAGGCCUCUCUAGCCACCCUGAAGUGAUAGAUGCUGCAAAACAAGCAUUAGAUGAAUAUGGUGCUGGGCUAAGUUCAGCCAGGUUCAUCUGCGGAACACAGGAUAUUCAUAAGGAUCUAGAGCAGAAAAUUGCACUCUUUCAUGGCCGCGAGGACUCCAUUUUGUACGCCAGCUGUUUUGAUGCCAACGCUGGGUUGUUUGAAGCCAUGUUGACGCCCGAGGAUGCUGUACUCUCGGAUGAACUCAACCAUGCCUCGAUCAUUGAUGGGAUCAGGUUGUGCAAGGCGAAGAGAUAUCGUUAUAAACAUAUGAAUAUGGAAGAUUUGGAAUCGCAGCUUAGUGAGUCUAUGGAUUGCAGAAUGAGGUUGAUUGUCACCGAUGGUGUGUUUAGUAUGGAUGGCGAUAUAUCACCCCUCAGGGAGAUCGUUACACUAUCCAAGAAGUACGAUGCCCUUGUCUUUAUCGAUGAAUGCCACGCUACCGGUUUCCUCGGUGCCACGGGGAGGGGCACAGAGGAACAUCUUGGUAUCGACGGCGCAAGCCACAUCAUCAACUCCACUUUAGGGAAGGCUCUCGGAGGUGCAGCUGGUGGCUAUACAUGUGGACCGAAGUCAUUGACAGAUAUGCUGAGACAGAAAUCAAGACCGUAUCUCUUCUCAAACUCUCUCCCUCCUCCUGUUGUUGCCUGUGCUUCUAAGGUAUUUGAUAUGAUAAUGAGAGAUAAUUCGCUGGUCUCCAAAGUGGAUAGCAACACACAGAGAUUCAGAAAGCACAUGAACGAUGCUGGAUUCAAAGUAUGGGGUACGACGCAUCCAAUAUGCCCCAUUAUGCUGGGAGAAGCUAGCUUAGCUGGAAGAUUCGCAGAAGAAAUGUUGGAGCGAGGGAUCUAUGUGAUCGGCUUCAGCUUUCCUGUAGUCCCUAAAGGUCUGGCUCGCAUCAGGGUUCAGAUCUCUGCAGCUCACACUGAGGCCGAGAUCGACCAGUGCGCCCAGACGUUCUACGAUGUUGGCAAGAAACUUGGAGUUAUCUAAUCUAAUCACCAGUAUGGCAUCAAGAAGGUGGAAACCAUAAGGAACCUUGUCAAAAGUCAGUCAAGAGCAGCAUCUUUCUCACUAGGAACGAGCGCUGGGCCAUAUUUCGAUAUUAUUGAAAUUAUGCGAUAUUGAAAAAAUAUUAAAGGACAAGUCCACCCCAACUAAAAGUUGAUGUGAAUAAAAAGAGAAAAAUCUAACAAGCAUAACACUGAAAAUUUCAUCAAAAUCGGAUCUAAAAUAAGAAAGUUAUGACAUUUUAAAGUUUUGCUUAAUUUCACAAAACAGUUAUAUGCACAUCCUGGUGUGUAUGCAAAUGAGGAGACUGAUGACAUCAUCCACUCACUAUUUUUUUUGUAAUUUAUUAUAUGAAAUAGGGAAUGUUCUAUUUUUCUCAUUGUCAAGUGAGACAAUGAUUAAUUCCUCCCUGAACAUGUGGAAUGAGCAUUGUUUAAUACUAUAUGAUUCAGUCAAGUUGGUCCUUAUUGUCAUAUCUAUAAAAAAUGAAAUGUAUAAUUUAAACAAUAAAAAACAAAAGAAAUAGUGAGUGAGGGACAUCAUCGACUGUCUCAUUUGAGUUGUGCAUAUCACUCUUUUGUGAAAAAUAAGCAAAUAUUUAAAACGUCAUAACUUUCUUAUUUUACAUCCGAUUUUGAUGAAAUUUUCAGCGUUUUGCUGGUUUUAUUUUUCUCUAUUUAUUCAAAUCGACAUUUUUCUGGGGUGGACUUGACCUUUAAAUAUUCAACAUAACCAAUAUAUUGUUGAUUAUGAAAGUUAGUCACUAUUUAUUGACAAUGAAUGCUGCUCUAUUUUGCUUUAAACCAACUCACAACUUUGUAAGUUGGUACCCAAUUGUUUUUGCUUGUGGACAAGCACCGAUUACAGACUUACAUUCAUUUCCCCCUUUCCUGCUCUCACGGAAUCAUUGCUCAUACUGCAUGUAUAUAAUGAAUUUUCAGACUCGGUGAGGUAUCACGCUAUCAGCGUUAUUUUGCUGGCGAUAAUCAACUAACAUUAAAAUCAAAUAUCGACCUGUGCCGGCCACACAGAAAUGUUGAUAGCCUAACAGAGCACUAACAGUAAGCUCAGUACACCUUUCGGAUUGUGAAGUCAAAACAUUCAAUGUUGGGCAAUACAUUGUAACAAUAGGCAUAUCUGCCACAUUAAUAAUGUGUAAUUUAUACAGGUAAUCUGAAUAAACCAUGGGUUGAACCGAUGGUUUCAAAAACUACUUUUAAUGUGAAUUCAGGCCAUAGCAUCUUUAGAGCAGGAUUCUUGCCGAAAGAACCAGGUGCAGACUUUUGACAAGGUGCCUCAAACAGAGUACAGAAAAAAUAAUUGGUUCCAGGAGCAUUAACAAGCGCAAUAUGUGGCCCACUCCUGUCAAAUUUAUCGAGGAAAAAGUCAGAGGAGUCUACAGAAUCUUACCCAUUUUCCCUGCAACCCCCAGAAGCUCAUCAGUUUGAUGCAUGGUUGUGUUAUAUUUGUUCAUUGGGAGAUCAUAUGUCAAUAAGAAUAUUUUCAUUUGUUAGGUUUUGCAUUGAAUGUGUCGUGUUAAAAGCCGUAAAUCAUAAAAAAUGGAGAAGAUGAAAGGGAUGUUUUUUCUCUUUAACAUAUUUGAACAUACAUGUAUAUCUUCCUGAAAUCUUAUUCCACAUAUAUUUAUAUUCAGUGUACAAACAUAAUCUUUGGAAUUUGCUGACAAUUGUCUGGGUCAUGCACAUGUCUGUGGAGCAGUCUCGCCUUGCCAUUUAUAUGGUUAACCUGUUAACCCUGAAUAAACAGGGGGGAUCAAUUUGACCCCCCUCGACAAAUUUUGUCACUACGCCGUCGCGCGAAAUUUUUUGACCGCGCCGCUCGCUGAAUUUUUACUUUCAAGCCUUGCGCAUCUUUUGAGACCAAAUUUGCGACGCCCGGGUACGCGGUACCGAAAUUACGCAACAUUUUGUAAGUGCAUGUCAGACCCGAAAUGGCUCAAAAACGUGAUUCCAUGGACAAAGUCAAUGCAAAUUGUGUUUUUCAACCAAAAAUCAUAAAUGUAUGAUUACUUUUACUUUUGUUGGUUUAAAUAGAUUUAUUUUAUGCUAUUUAUGAUCACAAAAGGGUCCCCGACAAAGUUCAUCGGAAAAAACAAUAAAAAAAAAGGUUUGAAAAAAACAAAGAAAUACGAAAUAGCCCAGUUAAGAUAGGGUUAAAGGACUGAAACAGGACCCAAACAAAAGGCUACAUAUUGUUUAUUCAUCGAAGGCUCCAUGCAAUAUUUCACAAGGUAGAUCAUGGGUGUCAAUUUGUGUGUGAAUCUGUUGUUCAAGGGGGGGGGGAUGAUCUAUUGUUCACCCCCCCACUGGAAUAGUACAUGUAGGACGUUACGGAUCGACACCAGUGGGGUAGAUAGUGUGCUAUUACUAUGUACAUGUAUUAUGCAUGCACAAGAUGGUAUUUAUUUUCUUGUUUCUUUGUCUUUCUAUCAUCAAGCAUAUAUACAGACAUGCCAACCGUUCCCUUUUUAGAGUAUUUGUUCCUCUUUUUUGCUAUGAAUACACCAAUACUUUUUUUGUAUGAUUUGUUACUUUUUUUUAAAUUUUCCGAUCAUGGAGUAUGAAUUUACACAGCGCGUGACACUAGCACCGGUCCAACAGUCCCAGUCCGGUAAAAAUCACUGUCGGGCCAGUAACUUGUUGCAUGAAAAGAACAAAUUAAUUCUUGCCUGGGAGCACAUGUUUAAAAGAGUGAAUUAUCAAGUUUUCAAAUAGAGUCAUUUCACAUAUUUUUUCACAUGUUUUUUCACAGAUCUCACUACAACAGGCUGGCGAUUGUUAUGUUGAGACAAAUUUUUUAGAAUACACUUUUUUGUCAAAAAAUACUUUUUUUCCCUUCUAAGAAUACUUUUUUGUUGUAGAAGGUUGGCAGGUCUGUAUAUACAGUGUGCACCAACAUUAUUUAUUAUCAAUACCAUAAUUCAGGGUGUUUGUAUUAUUUAAGUCACAGUUAAAAUCAUUCAUUUCCUUAUAAAAAUCACAAUGUAACUAAUAUGGGUUUCUCUAUCCAGUGCUAACUACCAUAGAAGCCUGUUUUUUGUCCCCAGUAGUAUUCCCGUCAUAACCAACCUUGUGUCUGUAUUCAUGCUUUACUCAAGCAGGUGUCGAAGUAAGAGCUUUUCUUCUGGUGUAUUUAAUCCAUACUGUUAUUUAAUGCAAUAUACAUAUACUUUGUUUCAUGUAGAAAUGCUUUCAUUCGUUAUCACUAUUGUGGUUUUAUUCAAAGUAUUUUUAUUAUUUAUAGCUAUAAUUCAGGCCAAGGCUGCAGCUGUUAUAGGCUACACUAUUUAUUGAAAGUAAGAGAACAAAGACAAAUGGCUGAAAGAUGCUUCCCUAAGGUACCCCACCAAAUCCUAGAGCAACGUCUUGUAGAAUCCUACAAGUGUUUUUAAAUUGCUAAUUCUCAUAUUCUAUCAUAGAAUGAACAGUGUGGACUGUAGAAAAAGCGUUUAUUUCAUUUAUAGCAGAAUUUAUACAAGGGCACCUUGCCAAAGAGUGUCUUUCACUCAGAUCCUGUUACAAGCAUCUCUAAAGUAAUCAUUAAAUUUCAUCAUAGAACAAUGGAAUGUUGCUGUGAAAGAUGUUUAGUGCCUUUAGAGGAGAUUUCUGCUGAAAGAUGCAGCAUAAUUUUAGAAGUCACAGGGUUACAAAUUCAUUGCAUCUUUUUGUAGAUCUAUGAGACUAGUUUCUUAGAACAAGGCAAGCAGCUUAUCUUGGUUCAUUGAUUAUUGUGUUUUACUCAAAGUACCUCAAAUAAUGCUGAACUUUAUCCAACCAUGUUCUAUUAUUCUUCAGAGGCUAUUUUUUAUAGGCAUUUCCUGAUUAUUCUUUUUCUUUUGAUAGUAUACCUUUUCUCUUGAGAUCUCGAAAAGGUACAUGUAUUCAAAGUUACAUGUCACCUUAUUUCUAUAUUAUAUUUAAAAAGUGUUUUUUUUAAAGAGGCUUAUUUUUUUAAUAGUAACUCCAAAGAGUAUGUUUUGUACUUAAGUACAUGCAUUUUAUGUUGGGAUUUUACCAAAAAAAAUGAUUAUUAUUAUUUGGCCAAAGCUGUUUAGUUAUAAAGACAAGUUUCUAUGGCACGUCUGUAAGAAAUAUUCAGAAUGUGGAUUGAGGCAUGUUUAUCAUGUGAAAGGAAAAUAUGAUUAUUAGAUGUUUGUACGUGUAUACAGAGGGGUGUAUACUUAAGAAUGUGUAUGAUCAGGGAAAUAUCUUGAUGUACAUUAUCAGGGAGAAAUUAAGGGGCUUUAAGGGAUUUUACUUUUUUUAAUUUGGAUUUUUAACGGCCGUUGGCGGCAAUCAGCCAAUGCAAAAGGAUUCGUUGGUUUUUAAGAUGUAAUCAUGUAUCAAAAUUGUUUAUAUCACAUUUCCAUUAAAAAACUUAAAUAUAUAUAUUUUUUUGUUUUAAAAAGGCAUAAAUAAGUCAGCAUUUCUGAAUUGUUCAUUUGACAUUUGUGGUGAUUGAAAUACGGGAUUGUUUGAAUUAAAGAGUAGUGAUACAGUUAAAAACUUGUAAUAUUCAAUCAAUUUGUCAAUAAACCAUGUGUUGGUUUAAAAACAA